AUGGCAUCCAAACUCACCCCCCGUAUCUUCAGAAGCGCCUUCCGGCCAGCCUGCAUAGCUUCGAAGCCAGCAUGCCGGUCAUUUACGGCGUCUACGAAGAAGGGCAGUGACGCGCUUCAAGUCCAUCGAGAUACCCCAGAGAACAAUGCGAAGAUCCCUUUCAAGUUCACUGCGCAGAACAACAAGCUGAUCGAUGAGAUCCUCAAGCGAUAUCCACCACAAUACAAGAAGGCGGCCGUCAUGCCCAUACUGGAUCUUGGACAACGGCAGCAUGGAUUUACCAGCUUGAGCGUCAUGAACGAGGUUGCGAGGAUUCUGGAGAUGCCACCAAUGCGUGUGUAUGAGGUUGCUACGUUCUAUACCAUGUACAACCGGACGCCGGUGGGGAAAUAUCACUUGCAAGUUUGCACUACGACACCUUGCCAACUCGGCGGCUGUGGUAGCGACAAGAUCGUGCAAACGAUCAAAGACCACCUCGGUAUCAAACAGGGCGAGACUACUAAAGACAACCUCUUUACCUUCGUCGAGGUCGAAUGUCUGGGCGCCUGCGUCAACGCUCCUAUGGUCCAAAUCAACGACGAUUACUACGAGGAUUUGACCCCCGAGAGCACCGUUGCAUUGCUCACAGCAUUACAAGAGAGUUCCAAGUCAGUUGGGGGCAUUGAGGGUGGAAAGGGUGCUUUGACGGGAAAUGAUAAGAAUGUCAAGAGUGGUGCGGACGUUGGAAAGACCUCUGGUAGGAUAUACGAGAAGGAUGGCGUUAAGAUGCCAUCGCCGGGACCUAUGAGUGGGAGGAAGACGUGUGAGAAUCUUAAGGGAUUGACAAAUUUGACGAGCGAGAUGUGGGGGCCUGAGGUAUUCCGGAAAGAUCUGUAG